GAAGAUAAGAAAAAUAAUUAAAAUUUUCCCUUAAAAAAGUUUCUUAGGAACCAAACAGCCUGCAGCCAGCUGACAUCUUUCUUGCCUCUGUUGUCUCAUCUCUCCAUCAGGAUUUUCCCAGCUAGUUUUCUUGUCCCAAAUGGAAGUUUCCGGCGGAGAGAUAAAUGGAGAUCAUAUAUAUAGCAAUGGGUUAUGCGUAAAGGACCCAUUGAACUGGGGUCUAGCGGCGGAGGCAUUGAAGGGUAGCCAUGUAGAGGAGGUGAAGAAAAUGGUUAAGGAAUAUAGGAAGGCGGUGGUUCGCCUUGGGGGUGAGACGCUAACCGUAGGACAGGUAGCUGCGGUGGCUACUAGAGGUGGCAAUGGAGUAACGGUGGAGUUAUGUGAGGCGGCCAGGAUUGGUGUGAAGGCAAGCAGUGAUUGGGUAAUGGAGAGUAUGAAUAAGGGGACAGAUAGUUAUGGGGUUAGUACAGGGUUCGGGGCCACUUCCCAUAGGAGAACCAAGCAAGGAGCUGCCCUGCAGCAGGAGCUUAUCAGGUUCUUGAAUGCUGGAAUCUUUGGCAAAGGAGUAGAAUCAGGCCACAUAUUGCCACAUACAGCAACAAGGGCUGCUAUGCUUGUGAGGAUCAAUACUCUUCUCCAUGGCUACUCAGGCAUCAGGUUUGAGAUCCUAGAGGCCGUUACAAAGCUAAUUAAUCACAACGUCACUCCAUGCUUGCCUCUGCGCGGCUCAAUAACUGCCUCGGGUGAUUUAGUACCCUUUUCGUACAUUGCCGGACUCCUAACAGGCAGACCGAAUUCCACUGCGGUGGGGCCUAAAGGAGAAUCACUUGAUGCCGGAGAAGCCUUUCGCCUGGCUGGUAUUGGUGGCGGAUUUUUUCAGUUGCAGCCUAAGGAGGGUCUUGCAAUUGUUAAUGGCACUGGAGUUGGUGCUGGCUUGGCAUCUAUAGUACUUUUUGAUGCUAAUAUAUUGACUCUUUUAUCAGAAGUUUUGUCUGCAAUUUUCGCUGAAGUUAUGCAAGGAAAACCUGAGUUUACAGAUCAUUUGACACACAAAUUAAAGCAUCAUCCUGGACAGAUUGAAGCUGCAGCUAUUAUGGAACACAUUUUGGAUGGAAGUUCAUACGUUCAGGAAGCAAAGAAAUUACAUGAAAUGGAUCCCCUGCAGAAGCCUAAGCAGGAUCGGUACGCUCUUCGCACUUCACCACAAUGGUUAGGUCCACAAAUUGAAGUGAUUCGAUCAUCAACCAAGUCAAUUGAAAGGGAGAUUAAUUCGGUGAAUGAUAAUCCACUGAUCGAUGUGUCAAGGAACAAAGCCUUGCACGGAGGGAAUUUCCAGGGCACUCCAAUUGGUGUUUCAAUGGAUAACACUAGAUUGGCAUUAGCUUCCAUAGGGAAACUCAUGUUUGCUCAAUUCUCUGAGCUGGUUAAUGAUUUCUACAAUAAUGGUUUGCCUUCAAAUCUCACAGGAGGAAGGAAUCCUAGCUUGGAUUAUGGUUUUAAGGGUGCUGAGAUAGCCAUGGCAGCCUAUUGCUCUGAGCUCCAAUACCUUGCGAACCCUGUUACAAACCAUGUCCAAAGUGCUGAGCAGCAUAAUCAAGAUGUCAACUCAUUAGGGCUGAUUUCUUCAAGGAAAACAGCAGAAGCAGUUGAUAUCUUGAAGCUCAUGUCCUCAACUUUCUUGGUUGCACUUUGCCAGGCAAUAGAUUUAAGGCAUUUAGAAGAGAAUUUGAAGAGCACAGUUAAGAACACAGUGAGCCAGGUGGCUAAGAAAGUUCUAACCAUUGGAGUCAAUGGUGAGCUUCAUCCUUCAAGAUUCUGCGAGAAAGAUCUGCUCAGGGUAGUCGAUCGCGAGCAAGUGUUUGCAUACAUUGAUGAUCCUUGUAGUUCAACAUACCCACUAAUGCAGAAGAUGAGACAAGUCAUUGUGGAUCAUGCAUUAACCAACAAUGAUUAUAUAAACAACAUAGAUGCUUCAAUCUUCCUCAAGAUAGGUGCUUUCGAAGACGAAUUGAAGUCUGUCUUGCCAACAGAAGUAGAAGCUGCAAGAAGUGCUUUUGAGAGUGGAAAUCCUGCAAUUCCAAACAGAAUCAAGGACUGCAGGUCUUAUCCACUGUACAAGUUUGUGAAAGAAGAUUUGGGAACUGAACUUCUAACAGGAGAGAAACUCAGGUCUCCUGGCGAGGAAUUUGAUAAGUUGUUUACAGCAAUUUGUGAAGGAAAGAUUAUUGAUCCUCUCCUUGAAUGUCUUAAGGAUUGGGAUGGCACGCCUCUGCCAAUUUGUUAGGAGAGAUUUUUCUUCUGCAAAUCUUGUUUUCUUUCUCUUUUACUGUGAUCAAGGUAUUGUAGUGUGAGAGCAUUCUGCAUUUCCCCCCUCUUCCAUAUGUAAUUUGAAAGUAUAUAUAAAGCUAGCAAGGAGUGUAUUUCAUGAUAUCACUUUGUUUCAAUAAAAGUUUAAUUGUCAAGUUUUUAAA